AUGCUAGUAAGCUAUUUUGGCGGCUAUGUCCGCGUACAUUCGGACUUCAUGUACCAAAUGCGGGGUAUUUGGAUAACCUUUCUCCUUGUGGCACUGGUGAAAUGCGAUGACCCACCAUUGAUCCGUACCAGAAGAGCUGCCAUCCCUGUUAAUGCGAUCUCCUGGCCUAAGGGUGUUAUUCCCUACAUCAUCGAUAAAUCCUUAUUCAAGGAGGAAGAGAUGAAACAUCUAGCGACUGCAAUUGAGGUGUGGAAUAAUGAAACCUGUGUUCAAUUCCGACCUUAUCGACGAAGUGACAGGCACUGGAUGCGUAUAACGGAUGGAAAUACCUGUUUUUCCGAGUAUAUGGGUUUUAAAGGCAUCCCAGGCGAGCAGACGAUCACUCUCUCUAGAAACGGAUGUCGAUUCUACGGACUGUAUCUGCACGAGCUGGGUCACGUAAUGGGGCUUGAUCACGAACAUGCUCGCGCUGACAGAGAUAAAUAUCUUCGUGUCAAUGAUGCUGGCGUGCCAGAGAACUUUAAGUUGUUCUUCACCAGAAAGUCCAUAGAGGAUCUCCAUACAUAUGAUUCUCCUUACGACUUGCAGUCCAUAAUGCACUAUGGACGAUCUUCAUUUUCUGUCUAUGCUGACAAGGCGCCGAUUGACGUAAGGGACGAAAAAAUGAGACAUAUGUUGGCAGCUGUGUACGUUAAGGAUAUAUCGUUUUGGGAUGCCAGAAUACUAAAUCUUCAUUAUCGCUGUGAAGAUAGAUGUAAAAACGUCCAACCUCUCUGCCCUUUCCCAGGGUAUAUCGACAAAUUCUGCAAGUGCCAAACGCCAGAAGCGUUCGCUCAACGUCGGUGUGUGGACACCCAUGGGGAUUUACAGUGUCAAAAAUUGGCCGACAAACUUGAAUGCUAUCGUAAUGCCAGCUUCAUGACCGCCUAUUGUCGUAAAACCUGCGGAUUUUGCUAUAAGAAUAUUCUUCCUGCUACGGUGAGACCUUCAGUCGCAUGCAAAGACCGUCAAGAGAGCUGUGCUGAUUGGGCACGUGUGGGGCAUUGCGCUAAGACUUCCGGUUAUAUGAAAAUGAUGUGUCCAGAGAGCUGUGGCUUCUGCAACCUAACAAAGGACGACGCUGGUGAAACUGGUGGAUGCAAAGACCGCUACAUGUACCCCUCUGAUUGUGAGGCUUGGGCUAAAGAGGGUAGAUGUGCGAGCUACAAAAUGUGGAUGCACUUCAACUGUGCCAAGUCUUGCGGUGUUUGUACCAACUCCGAGGGAUCUGGGGUGAAUAUCACCGCGCCCCCACUGAGUGCGACGACGACGACAGCGAGAGGCGUCGCCACAAAAGUGUCCAGCGUCUGUAGAAAUAACUACGGCACACAAAAUUGCAGGCGCUUGGUUUCUCGAAAAAUGUGCCUCACUCACAAAAAAUGGAUGGAGAGGCAGUGUAGAGCAGUCUGUGGAUUCUGCCAGUCCGAUACCUCCACGGUGACUCCUAAGACGGAUUUAACCAAUUCACCAACCGACUGGACUCCCGCCAAGACGGAUUUGCCAAGAGUUGAGGCAAAUUCGACAAAAUAUUCGUUGAAAGCGAAGUCUAGAGAGGCAAGUCUGAAGGAGGCUCUCUCGGAAGCAUGUCGAAAUGGUGACCCGCCGGGCGAAUGUCCUAAGUACCAAUCAUAUUGCAGGAAUACUGCCACCUUUCAACGAUGUCCUAACAUUUGCAAUAACUGUGGUCCAUGCACAGAUACCUCAAAGAGUUGCAAAAUCCUGAAACAAAGUGGCUAUUGCAAGUACUAUCCAAGCUCCACUAUUCCAAUUUGCAGAAGGACAUGCGAAGUCUGUUUUGAAUGA